AUGCUGACUGCGCUUCUCUCCUUUCUGUCUCUCCGCCCCCGAAAAAUAGUCGUCAACUUCAUCUCCCGCUUCAAAGCGUCCCUUGACAGCGAACCCGACGUCAACUCCAACCCAUACAUGAGGCAGUAUGUCCCCUUCUGUCUGCACAGCCCGCUGCUCAUCCAGACGGCCAUCUACACGUCGGCCUGCUUCCAGGGCGAGAUGGGCAACAUCGAAAGCACAACGGCAGUGGCACACAAGUGCCGUGCCAUCGAGAUGUUGACGGAGCACCUGCAGAGCCGAGGGUCGACGACGGAUGAGGCUAUCGCGGGCGUGAUGCAGCUGAUGCUCAACGAGUGGUACUGGGGCAACACGGACGACCUGCGGGCGCACCUGACCGGCCUGCGCGAGAUGGUAAGGCUGCGGGGUGGGUUUGGAAAUCUGGGCCUUGGGGGCUUGCUAGCCAGGCUUGUCAUUGUGUCCGACAUCGCCAUCGCUUUAUCUUUUGAGGUCCGGCCAUAUCUUCAAGGCGGGCCCGAAUUCGACUUUCGAGACGUCGCGCGGGUCCCGUUCAGGGUGUUCCUUAACACGCCCCUGGUGCCCUCGCUCGCAUCAUUCUCGAGAUGCGCCGAGGCACUGCACAUGCAUCAGGCCACUGCGCAGACCCUCGAUGACAUGAGGUUCCUGAUCAGGCUGGUCCUGGCCCUGCCAGAGUAUCCGUCAGAAAAGGACCUCCAGAAGGUCCAGAGCACAUCCGCCUGGAUUUACGACCGCAUCUCCAACCUCACGGCCGAGGCUCCAGCAGCGCAGCAGCGCCACAGGGGGUCCGAGGACCAGCUCAGCCCCCUGAGCGCGGACCCGUUUGGCUCGACAGCACUCCGACGUUCAUCCUCAGGCGAACCCCCGCGGCGGGCCUCUCGACACCCGAGCCCCACGACCCCAAGCCACACGGCGAGCAUCGAUACUGCCAGUCCACCGGGCCCUACUGUCCAGGACACCAUGUACCAGGCCGUAAGGCAGGCAGCUCUGAUCUAUGCGAGGGCCAUCAUGACCCGGAAACCCCUGCGAGACCCGGCCGUCUGCAGCCAAGAGGACUUCCUCCGGCUGUGGACUACCGUCUGGAGGAUCCCUUUGCGCAGCUGGAAGACCGUGCUCGGUGUCUUUGCGUGGGUCGUGUUGAGUAUCACGCCUGCGUCGCGCGGCACGCCGCACGAGAGGUUCGUCAAGAGCCUUUUGACGGUGGGCCUGGUCCAGAUGGGAAUGGAGGACUGGGAUGUCACCGAGAGGGCAAUGAAAGGCGCGCUGACGCUGAUCGAGUGGCUGACGGGAGGCAUCAGCGGUGACAGCGCAGGAGGACAUCACGAGGAGCAGAAAGGAAGGGUUGGUGGUCUUGACUCGGGGUCCUUUAUCGAUCCAGGGCUUUUUGCCAACGGAACGACAACAACGACAGGGCCUGUGACGCAGGGUUGGUGA